AAAAAACUUGACUAUAUACGGAAAGCCGGGGAGGGAAACGCUGUGGUCCCACAGAAGAAAAAUUCAAGAAGCAAACCACUGAAGGUGAAAGGACUGAGACACGAACCAGCUGAAAUCACCGAGACCUCAAACCUCAUAAUCUAAAAUCAACAUGAUGAAGAGUUUUCUGCUGCUCGUUCUCCCACUGAUGGCAGGAUGUGACGAUUCAUCUGAAUUAAAAGCAUGUGGAGGAGGAUGGGUUAAAUUCACCUGCAAAUAUCCUAAAGGAAAUAAAACAUACAAAGACGCUGAGUUGGUUACUCCCAAAGGAAGAAGAACCAUAGGUAUCCAUCAAACUGAUGUGUGGAAAAGAGACGGCAGAUUUUUUCUCUACCAUGACACGAAACAGAAAAAUCUCAGGGUGGUCAUCAAACAUAUUGAACGGGUCGACUUUGGUGAAUACAAGUGUAAGUUUUACCAACGACCUACCUCAUCCCCCGAAGUAACAAAAGUAGAAGUGGAGUCUGCAGGUCAGAUCUGUCAGGCACCAGAUAAACGAAGUGUGAACCCAGGAGAUAAACUCAGCAUCACAUGUAAUUAUCCAAGAAACAAAUACAAGUCCUGGGUCAAGUUUUUCUGCAAAGAGAACGAUUUCAACUGUGAAGAUAUUUUGUCAACUAAAUCUGAUCCGAAGACAAACAAGACAUUCACUCUGACAGUCACAGACAGAGGCUUCGACAUGUCCAUCAGUCCGGUGUCCCCACAGGACGCUGGAGUCUACUGGUGUGGAGUCCAGUCACCUGACGGAAAUAUGAGCGUUACAUUCAGACAAAUACAACUGGAGGUUAACGCAACUCCACACACAACAUCCACCACUCAGCAACCAAUGACUACAUCGUCCACUCAGCAACCAAUGACUACAUCGUCCACUCAGCAACCAAUGACUACAUCGUCCACUCCUUCAACCCAGGCUACAUCGUCCACUCCUUCAACCCAGACGACGGAUCAUGGUAACCUUCAGUCCGCGGUCAUUGCGACUGUCAUCUGUGUAGCAAUGCUGGUGCUGCUGCUUGUUUUGGUUUUCGUCUACAAACGAUUUGAGCGUUCAAAGAAUGGAGCUACAGGACCUCAGAAGAAAGAGGCUCAUGUGUAUGAGGAAAUAAAAGAGACCACCAAAACGUUGGAUACAGAAGCUGCAAAGACAGUUUACGUCAGUGCCAACUUUCCCACAAACCCGUCUGCCUUCAUGGAGUACUCCAAAGUCGGCUUUACCAACAGCCCUGGUGAAAUAAACUUCCCCACCUACUCUACAGUCACUCACCCAACAGUUUCUGAGGACCCUUUCUACUCCACUAUCAACCACGUGACUGAAAAGGGUGAACCAUGACUACUGAGAUGAUGGUAUAAUGUCGCUAUGUAAAACAGCUAAUAUGCAACAUUGGCUAGCUGUGGCUUUUCUAGCUGAUAUGGUCUUCAUCAGACAUCACGAAAACAAUAAUUCAGUAACGAAUUCAUGUCUGUUUUGCCUCCUUGACAUAUAUUAUCAUUAUAUUAUCUAUCUAGGUUGUGUAAUUUAGAAAAAAAAGCAUGCAUUGUUGUGUAAGAGUGCAAUAAAAUAUUUUUUUUCCAGUUUUGCUGGACUGCCAAAAUAUGCAAAAUUAAUAAUAUUCAAUGAAUAUCAGAAUAGCCAAAUAUUUGCUUCAAGCACUACUUGCUCCAUUAGUUUUCUUAACAUAAGUACCGAUAUACUGUCCAACACCAACCUCAAGAAGAAACAGCUGGAUGGAAAUUUCUGAGCAAUAUUCAAUAUUCACUAAGACCUGAGUUUAUCCAGGACCACCACCAAAAAAGAAAAAAAAGAAGCAAGUUUCAAAUAUUUAUUUAUUUAUGUUUUUUUGUAGCAAGUUCGUUGUUGUAUAUUGUAGCUGCCUUGGCUAAUUUUGCAUGAUAAGUUGAUAAGUUGAUGUAAAUGAUAAGUUGUUUCUGUAAAUAUUCAUGCGCCAGUGGCUUAUUUGAUGUAUACGAUACUGUUUCAUUCAAGACUGAAGAACAUACAUGAAUGGCCGAAGAGUUAAAUGAAUUAAACAAUAUAGUUUACAUAAAUUACAUAAAUAUAGUUUACAUAAAUUACAUAGUUACAUAGUACACAGCUUUGUCCUCAACCCAUUUGACUGUAAUAUACUGUAGUAUUGUUGAAUGUCCAAAAAAAUAUGAAUAUGAAAUUGUGAAACGAAAUUCAUAAAGUUGUACUUUUACUGUUGUUAGCUUGGUAUAAGCAUCUUUCCAGCCUGGAUGGCAUUACAGUUCUCCACUCUACAUAUUUCUACAUGUACAUGAACAUCUAGUGGCUUCAUGGGACUUAAUACCUUCUUUUUUAACAAAAAUGUACUGUAAUGCAUCUGUACAUCUCGUUUGUAUCUUGUUUAUGUGGUCUUCUCAUUUUAUAUACCAAAUAACACUUAAUUUUACAAUGCAACGCGAUAAUACUCCUCAACACAAAGUGUAGCUUUAUUCAGUAAAUAUGAAAUGUGUUGUUUA